GAGCGCCUGGCUCGCGUGGACACAGUGGCGCGUAAGGUGAUGGAGCUCUACACGAAUCAGAAGGGCAAGGACAAGACGGAGUACAGCGAUCUGCAGGUGCAGUGCCUGGUGGGCCAGGGGCUGGUCAAGCCGCAGGCCUACGAUGCUCUGACAUGCGUAUGGCGCCGCAAGCAAGAGAAGCUCUUCGGCUUCAGUCGCUGGUCACAGGACGACGGCGGAGUCACUCACACGCAUCCCGCCCCGCAAGAGCAGCAGCCGCAGGUGGAGCAGGAGCAGGAGCCGACAGACAACGAGGCAGUCAACGACCUGGCGAGCUCCGGUUUGGAGUGGUCGAGCGACAAGCAUCUCCCCACCAGAGAUGAGCUCAUAGAACUCUCCAAGGAGCAACAGGAAGCAAUUUUGGGUGGAUCGGGCGAUUUGUCCUUCAAUAUGUCUCCGUGGAUUCGAGCUCUCGUCAGCAUUGUGUACGACUUCAACGAGGGGCUGCCGCAGUACUGUGCAGAGCAAGUCCUCGUUCUUUCGAACUGCGCGCCUGCAGAGUUUCAGCAGACCCUUCAGCACCAAACCACCAAGCAAGGCACGUCAUGGCGUGAUUUUAUUUGCAGCCUCCAGAAAACCACUCCCGUCACCAAGAAUCCGGUCCUCUUGAAGUUUCGUGGAAAGCGUGUGGAGGAGGAGGUGCUGUCAAGCCAGUCCAAGCUGUUGGGGAUUGGCUACUCGUUGCUGGGAGCGGCGCUGGACGCAUGGGCGGGCCACGACAGCAAGUUCUGGGAAGCGUCGGACGUUUUCCUCAUGAUCGCCAAUUGCCAGGCUAUCAAGCGAGAGCAAUCUCUACGCAAGGAUGCGCCGUUUCCGGACAGCAAGUUUCGGAUCUUGCGCAAGAUGGUUGACGGCAAAGAGGUGUUGGCCUUCCGCGUGGUUCCCACUGCUGCCCGGCAGUUCGACAACCCGACCGUUAGCCAGUACUAUAACGGCAAUAGUGUGAAGUUGCAUCGAGCGGUGGUGCAGUCGCAGAGCAGUCACAACCCGCAGCAGCAGCCAGCCAAGAGACAAAGACAGGGUUUUCCCGUGGCGCCAUGGUCUUGUCUGCCUGCUUGGCGCUCCGGCUGGCAUUCACUCCGGGUGGGAGAGCGGGUGGCAGAAUCGCUGAGAGCCCGACGUCAGGUCCCUAGCUGGCUUCCAAGGCGGUCUGCGCGUAGUUGA